CUCUCUCAUUACGUCAUUUAUUAGUGCUAAGAGCAGAUUUAUGGUCCACCGGAGAACCACUGCUAGGUUGUGUAUAUAUGUGAGUGUGUGUUGGGCUGGACCUGCAGGAAAACGAGAGAGACAGCUGACAGAAAGAGGAGAAUUUCUUAUCUUCAGCGACUUGACCAUCAUGUCUCAACCCGCUCAGGAAGACGAACAGAUACAGCGUCCUGAAGUGAGAGAAGAAGACGUGACUGAAGCAAGGAACAGACUGGGUUUUAGUGGGCCUGCGAAGAGCAAGACAUUUGAAGUCAUGGAGGAGUGCGAGAAAGCGGGCAAAGCUGCUCCCUCGGUGUUCAGCAGAGCUAGGUCAGGAGCAGAGACUGUUCUCAACACAAGAUCAACUCCCAAGUAAGAAGGAAACGUCCUGACCAUGACUGGAGGGCACCUGGUCCAUGUUAAGGGCUUUAGAUCAGUUGUUUUCCUGCUGUACUUCAGGCAAUGGAAAUCCUAUUUUUAUGCUUUAUUGUAUUGCGCAUAUUUUGCUCCAGUCUUUAUACUGUGUGCUCAUAUGUCACUGCAAUAUGAAAAUCCUGCACCUCUAUGUAAACAGCACAACCAUGGCUAGAACUCAAUAGUGUCUUUAGGGCAGUAUGGUCAAAUUAGAAAUACAUAAAUCAUUAAAAAAGAAAUCUGACAGUUCAAUUUAUAGUUAAGGUAUGUUUUUUCUGUAUAAUAGACUGCUAAGUAACAUGCUUAAACAUCUAAGUAAUAAUUGAUUAGUUUCAAAUUGAUAUUUUUGUUAAUUUGUUAUUAAAGGGUUACACCAGCAUCAGCUGAGUUUUAGAGGAUAUAUUCAAAGCAAAAUGCACAGCUGCAACUAAUCCUGAUGAACAUACAAAAAAGAGCUUUACACAACUCACUGUUGUGCCUAGAAUAUGUCUAAGUUGAAAACUACACAAUGUUAAAUAAAAAGUCUGUGGGAAAAAUGCCA